AUGGCCGGGCUGGGCGGCGGCCUCGCCGCUUUCGGGCGCUGCACGCACGCCGUGGUGCGGGCGCUGCCCGAGUCGCUGUGCCGGCAGGCGCUGCGCAGCACGGCGGGCCCCGAGGUGGACUUCGCCCGCGCGGAGAGAGAGCAUCAGCUGUACGUGGGCGUGCUGCGGAGCAAGCUGGGGCUGCAGGUGCUGGAGCUGCCGGCCGACGAGAGCCUCCCCGACUGUGUCUUCGUGGAGGAUGUGGCCGUGGUCUGCGAGGAGACGGCGCUGCUCACCCGCCCGGGCGCGCCCAGUCGCCGGAAGGAGGUGGAAGCCAUGAAGAGAGUACUAGAAAGUCUCAACCUUAAUAUAGUUGAGAUGGUGGAUGAAAACGCUACCUUGGAUGGUGGAGAUGUCUUAUUUACAGGCAGAGAAUUUUUCGUAGGUCUUUCCAGGCGGACAAAUCAACGUGGUGCAGAAAUUCUGGCUGACACAUUUAAGGAUUAUGCUGUCUCCACAGUCCCUGUUCAUGAUUCUUUGCAUCUGAAGAGCUUUUGCAGCAUGGCUGGACCAAAUUUGAUUGCUAUUGGAUCAAGUGAAGCUGCACAGAAAGCCCUCAAGACCAUGCAGCAGAUGAGCGACCAUCGCUACGACAAGCUGACAGUGCCUGAUGAUGCCGCAGCAAACUGCAUCUACUUAAACAUUCCCAGCAAAGGGCACGUGCUGCUGCACCGAGCCCCCGAGGAGUACCCAGAGAGUGCAAAGGUAUUUGAAAAGCUGAAGGACCACAUGCUGAUCCCAAUAGCCAACACAGAACUGGAGAAAGUAGAUGGGUUACUCACCUGUUGCUCUGUGCUUAUUAACAAAGCUUCAGAAUUAUGA